AUGGCCGCACGGGGCAAGCUGCAACCCGCCGCCCGGGUCGCGGGCAGGCGUCAAGAUGUAUGGUCCAUCAUCAAUGAGGCUGCUGCUGCGUCACCCGUACAGCCCAUUGUGAACAUGGGUCAGGGUUUCUUCGGCUAUAACCCGCCAGAGUUCAUCCUCAAUGCGGCCAAGCAGGCUCUCGACCGUGUGGACUGCAAUCAGUACAGCCCUACGAAGGGCCGGCCCAGGUUGAAGAAGGCGAUUGCUGACGCUUACUCCCCGUACUGGGGGAGGAAGCUGGACCCGGAGACCGAGAUCACUAUCACCACCGGCGCCAACGAGGGCAUGUUGAGUGCCUUCAUGGCCUUCAUCGAGCCCGGUGAUGAAGUCAUCGUCUUUGAGCCCUUUUUUGACCAAUACAUCAGCAACAUCGAGAUGCCCGGCGGCAAGAUCUCUUAUGUGCCAAUGCAUCCUCCCAAGACAGGUGGCACCCAGACAUCUUCCGCGGCAGAGUGGACGAUAGACUUCGCUGAGCUCGAGAGAGCUAUCACUCCACGCACAAAGAUGCUCGUUCUCAACACACCUCACAACCCUGUGGGCAAGGUCUAUUCAAAGGAAGAGUUAGAAAAGAUCGCAGAGCUCUGCCUCAAGAACCAGAUCAUCAUCCUUUCGGAUGAGGUGUACGACCGGCUUUACUACGUACCAUUCACUCGCAUUGCGACCCUGUCACCUGAGGUGGAGAAGAUCACCAUCACUGUUGGUUCCGCCGGAAAGAACUUCUACGCCACUGGCUGGCGUGUCGGUUGGCUGAUGGGUCCAGCUGAACUGAUCCAAUACGUCUCAGCGGCACACACUCGGAUCUGCUACUCCUCGGUAUCACCACUUCAAGAGGCUUGUGCCGUUGGUUUCGAGCAAGCCGAGGGUGAAGGAUUCUGGGACGAGUGUGUGAAGGACAUGAAGGGACGCAUGACGCGGUUCAAUGAGGUCUGGGACGAGCUCGGCCUUCCAUACUCAGACCCUGAGGGUGGAUACUUCGUCAUGGUGAACCUGAAGAAGGUCAAGCUCCCAGAGGACUAUCCCUUCCCGCCACACGUCGCCAACCGCCCAAGAGAUUUCAAGCUGGCCUGGUUCCUCAUCCAGGAGGUUGGAGUGGCUGCUAUCCCACCCACAGAGUUCUACACGGACGAGAACGCCCUGAUCGUAGAGGACUAUCUCCGGUUCGCCGUCUGCAAACCCGACGAUGUUCUAGAGACUGCGAAGGAGAGGCUACGGGGUCUGAAGAAGUACAUCCAAGAAUAG